AUUCCGUUUACUCUCGCUCUACUCUCUCUCUACAGUCUCUACUUUCUUUCUCUCUCUAGACUUUCUCUCUCUUCUCUGUUCCGUUUGUUUAUGUCAAAAAAACGAUAUACAGCUGCACCAUCAUCACUGACUCACCAUGUCCCGCUUCUCUCUCAUCUUCUUCCUCUCACUACUACUGCACUACUCUUCCCUCUCUCUCUCCAUUCCUUUCAACUACAGUUUGCACAUUGACUGCGGCGGCCACGUCAACUCCACCGACGCCUUCCACACCACCUGGCUCUCCGACCGCUUCCACUCCGGCGGCGCCACCUCCGUCGUCUCCGAGCCCCUCCACUUCCACCACCAGCAGGAGAAGACUCUCCGCUACUUCCCCAUCUCCUCCGGCAAGAAGAACUGCUACUCCAUCCCCACCCCCGCCGCCGGCGGCGGCGGACGCUACUCCCUCCGCACGUUCACCGUCUACGACAACUUCGACGGCAAAUCCCACUCCCCAUCCUUCGACGUCUCCGUCGAGGGCACUCUGGUCUUUUCCUGGCAAUCCCCAUGGCCCGAAUCCGUUUCCCGCUCCGGCGCCUACUCGGAUCUCUUCUUCUAUUCAAACGAUUCCGUCGUGAACCUCUGCUUCUACAGCAUCGCCACCGAUUCUCCGGUUAUCGGAUCUCUGGAAUUAACCCAAAUCGACCCCAAUUCCUACCCCUACAACUACCCCAAAAACUCCACCAACUACAUCCUGGUUAACUACGGUAGAUUCUCCUCCGGUUCCGAUCAAUGGGGCCCCGGAUUCACCAACGACACCGAUUUCUUCGGCCGCUCAUGGCAAUCCGACGCCGAAUUCCGGCUUCCAUCAGUCUCCAUCACAAACGGAGCAACAAUCAAAGCAAUCUCCGCUAUUAAGAACAUCUUAAACGCCGAAAAAAGCCCUAAUUACUUCCCGGAAAAGCUUUACCAGACUGCAAUCACCGCUUCUGGAAACGGAGGCAGGGUUCUGGAGUACGAAUUGCCCGUCGAUGCGAAGAUGGAUUACUUGCUCGUGUUCCAUUUCGCGGAGAUUGACGUGAGCGUGACGAAAGCAGGGCAGAGGGUGUUCGAUGUGAUUGUGAACGGGGAUAAUGCGAGCAGGAUCGACGUGUAUAAGGAGGUCGGGGGAUUUUACGCGUACGAUUGGAGCUACGUUGUCAAGAAUUUGAGCAGCACUACUCUGAGUGUAAGGCUGGAAUCGGUGGUCGGCGCACCCGUCAUUUGUGGGCUUGAGAAUUACGCAAUUGUCCCCGUUGAUCUCAAGACUGUACCUGAGCAGGCUAUUGCUAUGAGAGCGCUCAAGGCAUCACUUCAUGUACCCGAUAGAAUGGGUUGGAACGGAGACCCUUGUGCACCUACUGCAUGGGAUGCAUGGGAGGGUGUUACGUGUCAUCCCACAAAAGACGAAUCUAACCUUGUCGUCUCCCAAAUAGAUCUCGGGAGCCAAGGAUUGAAAGGUUAUGUUAGCGAUCAAAUUGGUUUCUUGACGAACUUGGUAAGCCUGAACUUGAGUUCCAAUUCUUUAGGCGGUAAUAUACCCUCGGGAUUGGGUCGAAAUUCGCUCGUGAAACUGGACUUGUCGAAUAACAAAUUUACGGGAUUCUUACCAGAUAGUCUAACUUCGUCUAGUUUACAGCUUGUGUUAUUGAAUGGGAAUUUAUUGGAAGGGCAAGUUCCCGACGAGCUUUAUUCAAUCGGGGUUCAUGGUGGAGCCAUAGACCUUUCGGGUAAUAAAGGAUUAUGCGGUGUACCUUCUUUGCCCGAUUGCCCACUAUUUUGGGAUAAAAACGGGUUAUCCACCGGGGGCAAAAUUGGAAUAGGCCUAUCAUGUCUUGUAAUUAUUUGCGCACUUGUGUUCGGAAUAUACUAUAUCUGCGUCAAGAGGCGGCACAAUGAGUACGACUUCGGUCUACCUCAUGAAUUAAUGUCUCUUGCUUCGAAGAGAAACAGGUACCAUCGACAGAAAUCGUUGAUGACGCUCGAAAUGGAAAGUCAACACGCCAAAGGGUUUAUAACGACCAACGAUUAGCGUCUUCUAAAAGCGGAGAUCCGAAAUUUUGACAGCGCUAUAAAGCACCAUUGCUUCAACAAAAUGAAGCUGGGAUUUUUAUUUUUAUUUUUUUAAUUUUUUAUUUCUAGAUCAAAUUGUGUAAUUAAUUAAAAAUUAAAUAUGGAAGUCCUGAAAUAAUGUACAGUGUGACACUAGUGUUGUGGACAGUGGAUGGAAUCAUGUGGUAAUUACUAAUUACUAAUUAGCCUAGAUUGGGCCUGGCCUUGGCCCGGCCCAUCUUUUGGGCCCAUCACUCAUUUUAAUAUUGCAGGCCCAUUUGUUUUCA